AUGGCACUUCAAGCAAGUAUUUUUACCAAAUUUGCACUGAACCAAGGCGUUUUUAUGCCAGCUCCUCGGGUCAAUUUCCGUGGGAGAGGACCCCGUUGCCUGGUAUCAACACAUCUGGUGGAUUCCGUGCAAGUUUCUCAAGUGCCGGCCAACACUCACCGAGAAACCUUUCGUCCAUUGGCGGACUUCCCCCCGGAUAUAUGGGGCGACUAUUUCAUGUCUCUUUCUUUCAACAAUUCGGAAUUGAAAUCAUCCUCCAAGCAAGUGGAGGCGUUGAAAGAAAAGGUGAAGGGCAUGUUAAAGGAUUGUAUUGACCAAGUAGAAAAAAUCAUGUUGAUCAAUGAUCUAUGUCGCUUAGGAUUAUCUUACCACUUUGAGGACGAGAUUCAAGAGCUAUUAAGCUACCAUUUUCAUUCAAUGUCUAAACUAAUUGAUGAUGAAGACUUGGAUUUGCACACCGUUGCAACCAUAUUUCAAGUUUUCAGGUUACAUGGAUAUCCUAUGCAUCACGAUGUAUUUAACAAGUUUACGGACGAUGAGGGAGAGUUCAAGGAAGAACUUGCAAGUGAUGUGAAGGGCCUUAUAAGAUUGUACGAAGCAAGCCAAUUUAGGAUAAAUGGGGAGAAAAUUUUAGACGAAGCACUUGUUUUCACAACGAAGCACCUACAGUCAUCCUUGGCAAAACAAUCAACAGGUUCCCAUAUCAGAGAAUACAUUGAAAAUGCUUUGAAUCGACCCUAUCACAAAGGCAUGCCGAGAGUGGAAGCAAGACAAUACAUAUCCUUGUAUGAACAAGAUGAAUCACCAAACGAAACAUUGCUCAAUUUCGCAAAACUCGACUUCAACCGAGUCCAGUGUCUAUACCAACAAGAACUAGGCACCCUUUCAAGUUGGUCCAAAGAAAUGAACAUAGCAUCAAGACUUCCCUACGCAAGAAACAGGAUGGUGGAGAUAUUCUUCUGGGCAGUUGGAUUCUAUUUCGAGCCGCGUUACGCGUCUGCUCGAAACAUAUUUGCGAAACUUCUCAUAAUCUUGGGAUUUAUAGAUGAUACGUAUGAUGCAUACGGUACCUUUGAAGAACUCGAAUGCUUCACCCAUGCCAUACAAAGGUGGGAUAUUUGUGCCCUUGAUCAGCUACCUGAAGAUUAUUUGAAAAUACUAUAUGGGGCAGUUCUGAAUGUUUACGAUGAAGUGGAUAGGAUGGAGAGCAACAAUGGACGAUGUUACAGCAUGUCUUUUACCAAAGAUGAGUUGAAGAAAAUUGUAGUUUCGUACUUGAUGGAAGCAAAGUGGACGAAGGAAGGUUACAUGCCAACAUUCGAUGAAUAUUUGGAAAUAGCAUUGCAUUCAAGUGCCGCCGUUUUAGUGAUUGCUCAAGUCUUGGUUGGGAUGGAAGAAGCUGAUGCCAAUGUCUUUGAAUGGUUGAGAACUGGUGAAAGUAAAUCUCUUACCGCUAUAAAUCUCAUAGCUCGUCUCUACGACGACAUCGCGACCAACGAGGACGAGGAAAAGAGAGGACUGGUUGCUUGUGGAAUAAAAUGCUACAUGAAGCAAUACGGCGUUUCGAAAGAGGAAGCAAUACAAGAGUUCCGGAGAAGACUUGGGAUUGCAUGGAAUGAGCUGAACCAGGAGUUUAUCACGAGGCCCAGGGUUGUUCCUAUUCAGAUCCUUGAGCGUGUUGUUAACAUUGCACGGGUGAUAGACCUUACUUACAAGGACGAGGAUGGGUUUACAAUGUCUGAAAAGAUUCUGAAACACCACAUCUCCAAUGUCCUCAUCCACCCCGUGCCUGUUUAA